AUGGCUGGCGGAAAAGCUGGGAAGGACCCGGGAAAGGUCAAGCCUAAAGCAAUUUCCCGCUCUCCGAGAGCAGGAUUACAGUUUCCUGUUGAUCGUAUUCAUAGGCAUUUGAAGACUGGUACCUCUAGCCAUGGAUGGGUGGGUGCUACAGCUGCAGUGUACAGUGCACCUAUGCUUGAUUAUCUCACUGCUGAGGUGUUGGAGUUGGCAGGAAAUGCAUCUAAGGACCUGAAAGUAAAGUGCAUCACGCCACGUCACUUGUAGUUGGCCAUCAG